UUUUAGAUCAUAAUAAAAUACAAUAUCUGGAUUUAUAUGGCCCAGACGACAGCAUCGAUGUAUGUUCACUUAAUCACAACCAACUACGGUCGGUAAGCAUUUACGCAACUCCAGAUACAUUAAACGUAGGCAGUAAUGGACUGUCAAACUGGAAUAGAUUCUACAUCAGUCGGUACGGAAACACGAUGAAGAGAAUGGACAUGAGCAACAACUCAUUCGAUUCAUUGAUUCAACCACCUUGGGCCGAAGGUCUAGAGUUCUUAAACGCUGAUACCAACCUGCUAGCAAACCUGUCCUCGACAACCCUGUCAGGAUUUGUCGAUCUGACUGAACUGCAUGUAGCCAAUAAUCGUCUCUUGUUCAUCUCAUCCACUGCACUGAGUCAACUAACCAUGCUAAGGUCACUGUAUCUCGACGACAAUGCCCUGACGUCUUUGUUUGGAGUAUUUUUCAACCAGUCUAUCUUAUUUGAACUGUCCAUCACCAACAACCAACUCACCACGUUACAUGCUGAUUACUUCAUGGGUCUGUUGUCGUUGAAGCGUCUGUACCUCGCAGGGAAUCAACUCACAAGCGUCAACAUGCUGAUGUUUCAACUGGUGCCUGAAAUUAUAAACUUGGACUUAUCCCAAAAUGAGCUUCAGCUGGUCGACCUGCAGGACUGUGCUCUUAUUAAUCUUACAAACCUACAGUAUCUCUCACUGGCUCACAAUCUGAUUCACGACGCAGAAACUAUCUUGGGUUUCUGUGAUAACUUGCAAGUACUGGAUAUGAGUUCUAACCUGAUCCAAGUCGUGCCUGGUGAUUCGCUAUCUGGGAGGAACAAAGAACUAUCCCAUCUCGAGCUAGAAGGCAACCCACUGCAGUGUGACUGUAGGCUCACGGGUCUGCGAAACUGGCUGCGUAACAAUCCACCGUACGUUGAGCCUCGAUGUGAAGUACCGAAGCAACACUAUGGGGCAGUGAUAACAGACUUGGGUAUCUCCAACUUCUCCUGUCAACCUCCGUUGACAAUGACAGACAAUGACGAUGUGACAGUCGUGUCUGGGCAGAGUGCGACUCUUGAAUGUACAGCUACUGGCAUUCCUGUUCCGACCGUAACAUGGCUCUCACCAAACGGCACCGAGAUACCUCACGAUUGGCAAGGAAGAUUCUCUAUUCUCCAGGGGAGGAUUCUGCUUAUCACACCACUGGAGCUUGCUGACCAAGGGGUCUACACUUGCGGGCUCAAAACGUGCUCAGUGAGGUUGACACAGCUAUGGUGA